AUGAGGUCGUUGUGGCUGUGCUGGGCGCUAUGGGCCCUGCCCCUGCCGGGCCCCGGGGCCGCCCUGAGCGGGGAGCACAUCCUCAGCACCCUGCUGCGGCAGCUGCAGCUCCGAGAGGCGCCCGUCCUGGACGCAGGCGACGUGGAGGAGCUGGUCACCCCCCCGCACGUGAUGGCCCAGUACGUGGCCCUAUUGCAGCGCAGCCACGGGGUCCGCUCUCGAGGGAAGAGGUUCAGCCAGAGGUUCCGAGAGGUGGCGGGCAGGUGGUUGGCGUCGGAGGCCUCCACGCACCUGCUGGUGUUCAGCAUGGAGCGGCGGCUGCCCCCCAACAGCGAGCUGGUGCGCGCGGUGCUGCGCCUUUUCCAGGAGCCGGUGCCCAGGGCCGCGCUGCGCAGGCACGAGCGACUGUCCCCGCACAGCGCCCGCGCCCGCGUCACCAUCGAGUGGCUGCAGGUCCGCGAAGACCGCUCCAACCGCACCUCGCUGGUGGACUCCAGGCUGGUGUCCCUCCACGAGAGCGGCUGGAAGGCAUUCGACGUGACAGAGGCGGUGACCUUCUGGCAGCAGCUGAGCCGGCCUCGCCAGCCUCUGCUCCUGCAGGUGACGGUGCACAGGGAGCACCUGGGCCCGCUGGCCUCGAACGCCCACAAGCUGGUGCGCUUCGCCUCCCAGGGGCCCGAGGGAGCGCGGCAGGGCGAGCCCCAGCUGGAGCUGCACACGCUGGACCUGGGGGCCUACGGAGCUCAGGGCGACUGUGACCCCGAGGCGCCCGUGACCGAGGCCACCCGCUGCUGCCGCCAGGAGAUGUACAUUGAUCUGCAGGGGAUGAAGUGGGCUGAGAACUGGGUCCUGGAGCCCCCGGGCUUCCUGGCCUACGAGUGCGUGGGCGCCUGCCAGCAGCCCCCGCGGCCCCUGCCCUUGGAGUGGCCAUUUCUUGGCCCGCGGCAGUGCAUUGCCUCGGAGACGACCUCGCUGCCCAUGAUCGUGAGCGUCAAGGAGGGAGGCAGGGCCAGGCUACAGGUGGUCAGCCUGCCCAACAUGAGGGUGCAGAAGUGCAGCUGCUCCUGGGACGGGGCACCCGUGCCCCGCAAGCUGGAGCCUUAGGUGGGGGACAGAACCACCCAGGUGUCGGG